AUGGUGCGGACUAAAGCAGACAGUGCCCCAAGCACCUAUAGAAAAGUGGUGACUUCCCAGGCCCCCAGGAAGGUGCUUGGCUCCUCCACCUCUGCCAUCAACACUCCAUCUCCUUCAUCCAGGAAAGCUGAAAACAAGUAUGCAGGAGGGAAUCCAGUUUGUGUACGCCCAACUCCCAAGUGGCAAAAAGGAGUUGGAGAGUUCUUCAGGCUGUCUCCUAAAGGUUCUGAAAAAGAAAAUCAGAUUCCUAAAGAGGCAGGACCCAGUGGCUUACGAAAAGCAAAGAAAAAACCAUGUCCUUUGCAACCUGAUCACUCAGAUGAUGAAAAAGAAUAGAACUGUAUUAUUGCUCUUUGAAUAAUGUCUGGUGUUUAAUCUGGUAUCCUAGAAGUUUGUGAAGAUGUUUGUCCAAAUGGCUUUCUUAAAUAGGCAUUUAAUUUAAAAAGUGAGGCUAACACUUAAUUGUUCAAAAGUAAGUAUUUGUGAAUUGAAGACUUUGUAAAAUAAUUUCAGCUCAGUAUUCAAU